CAGGAUCCUCCGACGAGACUUUAGAAACAAUGAGCUGCUGCUUCAUCAGAUGAAUUUAAACACACAGUGUGUGGUCACAGUUGAUCCUGGAUCUUUCCGGGCGUCUGAUCCUAGAUCUGUCCGUCUGUCUCUGAUGUCACAGGACGACGUCUUCAGGAACAUUAAAACAUAUAAGAGAUCAUUUAAAGUCUAUGCUCCAAAGGCAAAGAGUUCCUGUACACAAUUGAAAACAGGAAGUUGGUGAGAUGAAACUGCUUCAGACGGAAGACAGAGUCCGGACGCAGUUGGAGGUCUUCAGUUUAUAACAAAGGAUGGAGUCCAGAUUCAGGCGGAGUUUCUAAGAGAAGACGGAGUCCAGACAUCAUCUGAGUUUGUAAGAAAACAAGGAUGAAGUUCGGCAACAGUCUUUGCACCCUGAAUGUCGGCGGGCGGCGGUUUUCCUUCUCUGCGGAGCUGAUGAAGCGCCUCCCUCUGAGCAGGCUCAGCCGGCUGCAUCGCUGUGUGUCGGAGAGCGAACUGCUGGAGCUCUGUGAUGACUACGACCGCGACAGAAACGAGUUCUUCUUCGACCGCCACUCGGAGGCCUUCAGCUUCAUCAUGCUGUAUGUGCAGCAUGGGAAGCUGCGCUUCGUCCCGCACAUGUGUGAGCUGUCCUUCUACAAUGAGAUGCUGUACUGGGGCCUGGAGAGCUCCGACCUGCAGCCCUGCUGCCAGCGGCGCCUCGACGACCGCAUGUCCGACUGUUUCGUCCACUUCUUCCCUGAGGAGGAGUUCCGAUGUCCUGAGGAGCCGCAGAGCCGCUGGCUGGAGACGAUACGGAGGACAUUCGAGGAGCCCACGUCCUCCCUGGUGGCACAGGUCCUCGCCUCAGUGUCCAUGCUGUUUGUCAUCAUUUCCAUGGUGAUGCUGUGUGCCAGCACCUUACCGGACUGGAAGACCACUGAGACCCUGGACCAGCACAGGAUCAUUGAGGCGGUGUGUAUUGGUUGGUUCACAGCGGAGUGUAUCGUCCGUUUCCUUGUGUCUCGGGACAAAUGUGAGUUUGUCCGUUGUCCUCUGAACAUCAUCGACCUGCUGGCUAUCACGCCGUACUAUGUCUCUGUUACCAUGACGAUCCUGACGGGGGAGAACUCCCAGCUGCAGCGGGCCGGCGUCACACUGCGCGUCCUGCGCAUCAUGCGAAUCUUCUGGGUGAUCAAACUGGCUCGUCACUUCCUAGGCCUGCAGACGCUUGGACUCACGCUGCGGCGCUGCUAUCGAGAGAUGAUGAUGCUGCUGAUCUUCAUCUGUGUCGCCAUGGCGAUCUUCAGCGCACUGGCCCAGCUGCUGGAGCAUGGCCUGGACCUGGAGACCGGAAACCAGGACUAUGCCAGCAUCCCCGCUGCCUGCUGGUGGGUGAUCAUCUCCAUGACGACAGUGGGAUACGGGGACAUGUACCCAGUGACGGUGGCGGGCCGUGUGCUGGGUGGCCUCUGCGUGGUGAGCGGCAUCGUUUUGCUGGCGCUGCCGAUCACCUUCAUCUACCACAGCUUCAUCCAGUGCUACCACGAGCUCAAGGUGCGCUCCGCCCGCUGCACCCACAGCCUGUCUGCCGAGUUCAUCAACUGACCAACGAGCAACUGAGCAACAUUGCUGCUGACAUGGAUACAACAUGACCUUGAUCAGCUGACUGUCACUUUGUGGAGAAUUUAAAUGCCGGUGGCAGCGACGUCCCAUCAGCUUUUUAAGAGUCACAUUAAUGUUCAUCCUGCAGGAAUACAAGGGACCAGGGUCACUGCUAUAGAUCCGGAUAGCUGUGAGUCGCGGAGAGCUGUGUCAUCAAACUCAGUGGAUGUUGUUCCAUCCUGUUUGUGAUUUUCAUGGAGAGGAUCUCGAGGUGCAGCCCGGGGGAGGAAGGGGUAUGGUUUGGGGACCUCAGAAUUGUGUCUCUGUUAUUUGCAGAUGAUGUGGUUCCAUCUGCGUCCCAGCCCUCACCUAUGGUCAUGAGCUCUGGGUAGUGACUGAAAGAAUGAGGUCACAGAUACAAGCGUCUGAAAUGAGUUUCCUCUGUAGGGUGUCUGGGCUCAGCCUUAGAGAUAGGGGGAGGAGUCAGACAUCUGGAGGGAGCUCGGAGUAGAGCCGCUACUCCUUCAUGUUGAGGUGGUUCAACAUCUGAUCAGGAUCCUCCUGGUCCAGCUGGUAGGAGGCCCCGGGGCAGACCCAGAACACACUGGGGUCACCUCGGGGUCCUCCAGGAGGAGCUGGAGGAUGGAGCUGGGAAGAGGGAUGUCUGGAGGACAAGACCCGGUCCCUGAUAAGAGGAUGAAAAUGAAUGGAUGAAUUGAUCAGUAGAUCUUUUAACAGAUGUGAUUGGUCUAAUAUCUGGUUCUUAUCACAGAUUUAUGUUUGCGUUCAGUCCGUCAUGUAUCUGAUGAGGACGGCAGCAACAAAGGUGGCGAUUUUCAAAGUAAAAUAUUUCAGUGCUGUGAAUUUGGUGGUUUUUAUUAUUCAGCAUGAAUUAAACCAGUUCAGUGUCUGAUCUGAAAUCUCGAGAACUGCUCAUACAAACAACUUCAUAGUUAACUGUCCUCUUCUUUAGGUCCUGAGGAACACACCUGUCACCUGCAGUGACAUUGUCACAUCACUCACAUGAGUCGCAGCUACUUACAGUCAGAAUAAAAUAAAUACAGUCAGUGGAAGUUUUAAUUAGUCACUUUCUUGAACCACUGUUUUUAUAAAGUUGAGGAUGGGUUUUGUUAGCAGAGGUAUUUUACCGGCAGUAACGUUGUUAGUUUUAAAGGUUAGUAUGGAGAAUGUUCACACUUUGAGUUGCUGCAGCAGAGUGUCUCUGAUCCUGUAAGACCCUGUCCCGUUGACUCCGGGAAAGUGAAGAAGAGUUCGGCUGUAACAUCAGUAUAUCCAACAUGACCUGCAGUCAGUGAUCCGCCGAUGGCUCGCUGUGACCUCAUGUUUGACUCUGUAGAGUUCUCCACUUCCUUCAGUCCAAGAACAAAAUCUUUAAUUGCAAAAGUUACGUCACUGACGCUUAAAAUAUUUGAGUUUACCAUGAUAUAAUAUCUCCGGUCCGUCUUUGAUCAUCUGUUGUUCAAUGCUGUAGGGACUGUUCUGUUUGGGUCCCCAGAAAUACACCUGCUGAGUGUGAAGUAGAUCUGAUGAACGCUUCUUGAGAUAUGAGGAGGACACAAACCUACAGAGUCAUGUAGAAGUUUGGGCUCCCCUGGUCAAACUUUUGUUUACUGUGAGUAGAAGAACUGAUCUAGAAAAGUCAUGAAGUUAAAGAUGAAACAUUUCUUUAAUAUUUUAAUAAAGAUUAAACUUUCAAUUUUAUCUUUUACAGUUUCAAAAUAACAAAAAAAAAGUCCUGAAGCCAAAGUUUGGGCCCCCUGCAGGGUCAGUGCUCAGUAGUGCCCCCUUCUUCUUCUUCUUCUUCUUCUUCUUCUUCUUCUUCUUCUUCAGAGUCUCUCAGUUCUUGUUUGGAGGAUUUCUUCAUGCUCUGCUCUUUGAGCUCUAUCCACACAUGUUAAAUGAUGUUUAGGUCGGGGGACUGUGAGGGGCGUGGCCUAACCUUCAGCUGGCUCCUCUUCAGGGCGUCCACUGUGGAUUUCUCAUCCGUCCAUCCCGUCUGUAGCAGGUGGACAGGUGUCUCUCUGUCUCAUCUGUCCACCUCGUCUGUAGCAGGUGGACAGGUGUCCCUCUGUCUCAUCCGUCCACCCCGUCUGUAACAGGUGGACAGGUGUCCCUUUGUCUCAUUGUGUCCAGAAAGUGUCCACAGGACGUGUUUCCAUAAAGCAUCAGUCUUGUCUCGAUGUCCCUUCACAAACCUGUGAGUGUGAAUGUAGUGGUGAGGACACAGGACAGGUUUUCUUCUGAUGACUCUUCCAUGAGGUCAUACCUGUCCAGGUGUGUCUGCUCAGUACAACAGUGCACCACCACUUGACCUCCACACUUCCUGUUAACGUCCAUUUCUUAGUGACAUGACCAAGUGACCUGAAAACACUUUGCUAUCUUCCUCUAGUCUUCAUCAGGUCUCUGAGUGUUCAGAGUGCUGCGGCUGUUUAGAGGAGCCCAUGGCUGCUGAGUGUUGGGACAAGCUGUCAGGAGUCACCUGCUCUGUCCUCACCGUCACUGUCAACAAGAGACCAUGGGGACAGCUGUCUCACUGCUCAGCUGUCUCACUGCUCAGAGGUCUCACAGCUCAGCUGUCUCACUGCUCAGCUGUCUCACUGCUCAGAGGUCUCACAGCUCAGAGGUCUCACAGCUCAGCUGUCUCACAGCUCAGCUGUCUCACUGCUCAGCUGUCUCACAGCUCAGAGGUCUCACAGCUCAGCUGUCUCACUGCUCAGAGUUCUCACAGCUCAGCUGUCUCACAGCUCAGAGGUCUCACUGCUCAGCUGUUUAACAUGUUUAACUUCAUGUGUGCUGGAGAUCAGCUCAUGUGAGACUCAGUAAACGACAUUGUGACCAGCGCGGCCCAAACUUCUGCACGACUCUGUACA